CGCCGUGGCCGGUAGGCGGCCUGCCGGACCUACGUGGGCCCUCUAGUGUAGCUGCACACAUGCACGCGACAGCAUCUGACCGCCGCCGCAGCCGCAGCCGCAGCCCUCCGAGCUGCCCUCCAACCUGCUGCCGCCGCCGACGUCGUCGCGUCACAUCCUCGCGUAGUCGCCUUCGCCCUCACCCUCCUGUUCGCCUACCUACGAGUUCGAGGCAAGACCUUCGAGUUGGUCCGUUGUCAAGCACGUGUAGUUCGUGAAAUCGUUUCUGCAAUGACAGCCGUUAUCGCUAUCGUCGAGACCGAGUGACGCUCGACGGAUUGAACAGUGUCUGUCGGUUAGGAAACUUCGCGGGUGUUUCGUGUUGUCUCUUGAUAAGGUGGACGAGAGGUCGUGCAAGCUAGUGCUUUAGAGAGUGACGCUCUUCGAGUGCCGCGUGUACGAGCUGUCAGUGGUGUGCUUUUUAUGUAUCGUCUCGUUCGAUGCUAUCAUCUCGUCAGGAAGAACGUCGAGUGAUCUAUCGAAAAUAGUCGAGAGAGAAGCCGAGCACGUUGGAUCUCGCGGCGUUGUCUGCUUACGGGGGCGUAUCGGGACCCAGGGUCGCGGUGGCGGGCACUGGGCUCCUCGCGCUACCCGGCCUGAUACCCGAGAAGGGUUUAUCAUCGCCCGGCGGCCAGUCGAAAUCAAAGUCCGCAGGGCUGGCGGGUCUCGACAGCGAGGCGGUGCGCCGCUGGGUCGCGGAGGCCGCGCGGAUUCGCCAGAUUCCGCCUCCGGUGCUGGUGCCCUCGAGUUCUCAACCGCCACCACCGUCGCCCCAGCAACAACAACAACAUCAACGACAACAGCAGCAUCACGGCCAUCGACAACGGCACGAAGCCAGCCCACCGUUGGUGGGACCCACCCCUUUCGUUUUACCGACCCCGAUGACCCAUACCCCCAGUAUGCAUCUAUUGGAGAACAACAACUUAGUGGAGGUUGCGAUGGCACAGCAACAACAGUCCCACCAGCAGGUGCAGCAACAACAGAAACAAAAACAGACCAGCCCGACGAAUAACAAUACCAUUGAAGCCUGGAGAUCGAUCCAAGGUAGCCAUCAAUGGUGGAGCACGCCUAGUGCCGUACAUCAGGAGCAACAACAAUCGCAACAGCAACAACAGCAACAAUCGCAACAGCAGGUAGCACCGAUCGCUCGGGUCAGUCAAGCGCAAGCUCUCGUUGCUGGUGCGAUAUGCGGACAAGUGCAAAGGCAUCAGAUCCAUUCGGAGAUCGAUCAGCCUCUCGACUUUUCCGUCGGUUCUCUUCAACAGCAAAGACUGCAAUCGCGAGUUAGGAUUAUGCAGGAGAGGCUACAGGGCAGGAUCACCGACAACAACAACGGUACGCUCGGCGCACAAAAGAUCAGGGGAUCCGGUGGUAGACGAAGUUACAGCCCCAGCGAGGCUAGUACCAGUAGUAGCGAGGACGAGGGUGUAUCCAACGGGGGUAGUCCGCCAGGACCCCUGCGAGGUGUCGAAAAUGAUUCGUGCGAGCCGCUUGUGGAGCGACCUUACGGUAAGGUUUGGUUGGGCGACAGCGAGGUCGCGUGGCGAACGGAACAAUCCUUCAAGAGAACGUCUCCCCUUAAUCCUUGUGCCACAACGACUACGACAACGACGACGACGACAGGUGGUGGAGCUCCGAUACACCCCCACCUGUCGCCGCCCAUAGCCGCCCCUGUCACGACUCCUGAUCAUAGAAGUCCGACCAGUCUUCACGCCAAACUUGCCAUCUCACCUGCCAGCGACGCGCUCGGCCGAAUCGAUAAGGAGCCAGCCUCGCCGGAAUCCAUACAAGAUGCGGAUCUACACGCUGAGGUCGAAGGAGCCGAGCUCAGUGGAGACGAUCGAAGUAUCACGAGUGAUAUUCAAGAUGUCACCGACGCGAAUCUCGAUCACGAUUCAAUGGACUCGGAUAGGGAAGCUCUUAAUUUGGUCACUGAUGUAUCACAUCGUAAUAGUAGCAGUGGCACCAGCGGCAGUUCAUCUUCGCCAAGUUCUGCAGUGAGUAGUCAAUUGACUGGUACGCAUCAGCAACAGCAGCAGCAACAACAACAACAGCAGCAGCAGCAGCAGCAACAACAACAACAACAUACGAGCACGCAAAACAGUGGAAGCUCACAGGCUGCGUUGGCGGCUCAAUUGGUCGGUCAACAAUUGUUAAUGCAUGGAUCUCUCGGUACUCUCGGGCCUCAAGAGAUUCAAGCCCUUGCAUCGACCCUGCAGCAACAACAACAAUCGCUGCAACAACAACUGCAGCAAUUUGCUAUGUUUCAGCAAGCCAAUCCUGCAGCGGCUGGGCAACUUCCGGCACAAGCACAAUUUUUCUUGCAAAAUCAAGUACAACAGGCUGUAGCACAAGCAGCCCAACAGUUACAAGCCUUACAGAAACAACAGGCUCUUCAAGGUGGAGGUGGAUUAGUAGGAAGAAAUUUAACGCAACAAAGAUCGCCACCACCUCCCGGUACACCUCCAUCUGUAAAACCACCACCAGCUAGAUUGGAACCCUCUCCAGAAGAAACGACGGAUCUUGAAGAACUCGAACAAUUUGCAAAGACCUUUAAACAACGACGGAUCAAGCUCGGUUUCACGCAAGGUGACGUUGGUCUUGCCAUGGGAAAACUCUACGGCAAUGACUUCUCUCAAACCACUAUUUCAAGGUUCGAAGCAUUAAACCUUUCCUUCAAGAACAUGUGCAAGUUAAAGCCUCUUCUUCAAAAAUGGUUAGAAGAUGCCGAUAAUUCCUUGAACAAUCCAAAUUCACUCUCGAAUCCUCUCACGACACCAGAAGCAAUAGGCAGGCGACGAAAGAAGAGAACUUCCAUAGAAACUAGCGUUAGAGUGGCACUAGAGAAAUCCUUCGUCCAAAAUCCAAAACCUACUUCCGAAGAAAUCACCGUAUUGGCGGAUAGUUUAGCGAUGGAAAAAGAAGUUGUUCGAGUAUGGUUUUGUAACAGGCGACAAAAAGAAAAAAGGAUCAAUCCUCCAACGGCAGCAAUGGGGAGCCCAACAAUGGCGUCGCCUGCACCAUCAGUUUUUGCCUCUCUGGCGAAUUCGAUGUCCGGUAGUCCCUUAGCUCUAACAACACAUUCCUCGGGAAUGGGUCAUUCUCAUUCACAUUCUACGUCAUUGGGAUCGCCCCUUCCCUUGGCCUUAGUAGCAUCGGCCGGUGGAAAUUACCAUCCAUUGAGUGGGAAAUCUCACGAGUGACAACAACAGACGACCCAUCAAGGGGAUACUCUUUACCAUCAUCAUGAUCAACAGCAGAAACAGCACCAACAACAACAACAACGACGUUUGUGCAAUUUAUCCGAUUUCUAUCAUUAAAUUGUAAAUCAUAGAAAUAGUACCAAUACUAUCUUAGGCCUUGAUCAAAUGGAACUUGAUAUCAAGAUGGUAUUAACAAGUAAUUCAACGAAGUUCUUCAAGAUUUUUAAUCAAUCUUGGAACAUAUGACAUGAUAUACGACACAUGAUGACGAAAAUCAACGUAUCGUAGUUGUUUUUGGUACAACAUCCUCGUCCGAUGUAUAUCUAUUAAAAACGUGAUUAUAAAAUAGUGAAACAUAUUCGAAUCAAGAUAUUUCUUGGGUCAAUUUUGGAGAAGCCCAACGAAAAUCUAUAUAAACAUAAAUGACCGACAAAAAGUAUACGAAGACACGUUGUUACGUCUGAAUAGCCGCGCUGAAAAAAUAAACCGUGGGAAAGCAACGAUACUCGCGAAACAUAUAGGAAGAAGCUUUCUACUUUUCCUAUCGAAGAAUCGGAGCUGAUCAAAACAUUUUCACUAUUUUUCUUUAAAAAUAUCCAUUGAAUUUCUACAACAAAUAUCUCUUUUACGGAUAAGAGAAUGCAAAAUAAAAUCUUACAAAUAGAUAAGGAACGAUGUAAAUAGAUACUUAAACAUUAUCAUUGCUUAAUACUGUCUAUAUCAUUAAUUCAAAUUCAAAUUUGCAAAUAUCAGAUUUUCUAUGAAACUUUGAACGUAAGUUUUCGUAUUCUCAACGUUCAAAUGUUUGUGUUCAAUGUUUCGUAUUCGUUUACACGUUAUAAAGAAAUACAAUCCCAAGAAUUCAUUAUUGGAAAAUAUCAUAGAAAGACGAGAAACCCUUUUACUUUUGAUAAAAAUUGAAGUUUUUAAAGUUACCGUUUAAAAGAGAUAAAAAAAAAAUACUUAUUUCAUUUUCAAAUUUCGUUCAUUGUUCGUAAUUCGAAAAUGAAUAUUUCUUGCCAUUUAAAACGCACAUCGAUAAGUAUAGUCGAGUAUUUCAAUAUAUUACACGGCUGCUUAACGGGUGUAAAAAAUGUUUUAUCCUUUUAACGGAACGAUAAAAGAAAUUAAUCAGUGUCGAGAAAUCUGUCGGUGUACGUAAUAUAUCAAAUUUUUAUAUCAUUUUCUUUUUAAAAUUUUCACUGAAUUUACCGAUAUGGAAGAAAACAGUCGACGAUGACUCUUUAUAAACGUCGACUGUUUCCUUUCCAGAUUCCUCUUUUUCAUUUUUAUUUUUUUAACAAUCUUUUUUUUUUUUUUUUCCUUUUUUUUACACGAUAACGUUUGAAACAUGUAUAAAUCAUGGUACACGAAUUUGAGAAAAAUACAAGCAUAAGUAAUCAAUAAUUAUUUAGAAAAAUAAUAAUACUUUUCUUAACUGUAAUAACGAGCUUUUGAACGACGGCUAAUCAUGUAAUUAAUUUAUGAAAAAGAAAAGGUAUUAUAAAUUAUAUACGAAUAUAAUUAGGCGCGUGGCUAAGUUAGAUAGAAAAAGGAGAAUCUUGUGAUCAUCGACAUUCGUUCGAAACUAUUUAUUUAAAGGAUUCAUUUUACUCACUUUAGGAUGUCGCGCUUCCGUGAAGAAAUAGAAACAUCGAGCGGGGUCCGACAAUACCUGUUUGUAAAUAUAAAGUGCGUAACGUGUCUAUCGAAAGCUCGUACAUAUCCGUGACCCAUGUUAGUACAUAUAUACUGUAUGGGAGCCAAGGCCCGUGCUCACACUGGCAAGAAUGCGAGCAGACUCGUUCCAAUAAAGUUAAAGUUUAAAGGUUAAAUUGGUGACAGAACGAUCACCUAUAACUAUCGAUCUCCGUAUAACGAAAAAGUCAUGAUUCAUACCAAAGGAAUACUGUGAAGUACAAUAAAUAAUUAAAUAUAGCAUAAUAUGUACGAUAAAAGAAAUCUUUUUUAAUAAUAUUCUCGAUUCUAAACGAAGGAGAUCAGGAUAAGUCAUUCGCAUUCUUGUCAACAAUUUCUUUUUCGACGGACACGUAUAGCGAUAAUUUUGUAGAUAUACGUCCCGAGAUAAUACGUAAUGUAUAUAUUGUGUAAAAAUUAUAAAUAACUAUACACGCUCACAAAUAUAGACGGACAGAGACAGAAAGACAAACAGAUACCACACAUAUACGCACGCACCAAAAAUAUAUACAUAAACGUAUGAUUGAAAUUUUGAGAACGGACGGUCGAUACGAGACGAAAAUAAAAGCUUAUACUGAACUAUAGGAAUUUGCUGUGAAACGAUCGUUAACAAAUGGAAAAAGUAUCAGUAAUUAUUAACUUUAAGAGCGAUGUGCGUGUACGAACAUUGAUAGAAAAACGUGUUGAUUAAUGCAAAGGUAUACAUAACGACUAUAUCGUUACGGUGAUAUAAAUACCGACAUAUGUAUGUAU